UGUGCGUGCCUGUGACACAGCGUCCAUGGCACGAGCCAGGCGCAACGUUUGCCCGCGCGAGGACCAACGGAACUCGCAGCAAUGGAAAUCAAUCAUGAUCACGGGUCUCGGAUCGCUGCCACGGCCGCCCACGCCAACGGCUUCCGAUGGCAGCACUGCUGCGCUCUGCAUGCUCCUGUGCGCUCUCGCGCUGCGCAGUGCUGCAACCAUGGGCCGAUGCCACCGUCCCGCCGCGGGCCCUGGCCUCCGGGCGCUGCUCGUGCGUGCCCAGCAUCCGUGACACUGCACACACACGCGAGACAGCACCGCUCCGCACCGCUGUUUCCUCGCCGUCCUUGACUGACCCGAUCCGGGAACAUCCUUUCCCCCCUCAACAACAGCAACAACUGUACCGCCAAUUACCCCUAGGAAGCGACCCUCGUCCAGCGACUACGCUAACGUCCUGCCACCUGCUCCCGGCAUAGCCUGCCUUCGUUGCCAUUGAUAUUUACUCGGCCACUGUCCACCACCACCUCCGUCAUCGACCUCCCACUCGACUCCCCAUCUGCCAUCAUCAAACGAUCUUCCAUCUGCCCA